AUGGGCAGCUCAGGUCCUGACUGGCAGCUUCGGCUGGAACAAGACGGCUUCGUCGUCCUUCCGAACAGAGUAUCCGCCGAAGACUGUGCCGAGUUCCGUGAGGAAGCCCUGAGCUGGCUUGAGAGGUUUCCUCAUGGAUUCAAGCGCGGCGACCGUUCAACAUGGACUUCAGAGCAUCUCCCUUCUAGCGUAACGGGUGGACUCUAUAAUCGAUACUCGGUAGGACAUGAAGCAUUCGUGUGGAAGAUCAGAUCCCAGCCCAAGAUCCUAGAGGUCUUCGCCCGGCUCUGGGGCACCGACGACCUGAUUGCCAGUUUUGACGGGAUCAACAUCACCUUGCCCAUCAACGAGGAAACCGGCAGGACGGACAUCAAGCCAACAGGCGCCUGGCCUCACAUGGACCAGAACCCCCGCAAACACGACCACUUCGAGCUAUACCAAGGCAUAGCCAACCUCGCCCCCAACGGGCCCCAGGACGGCGGCCUCUGCGUCCUCAAGGGGUCGCACCUGCUGCACGAGGAGCACUUUGCCGCCACGGGCGGGUUCCGCCCGGCGCAGGACUCGGGCGAGAAGGAGAACGGCUACAACUUCACGGCGGCCGACGCGGACUGGUACCGCGAGCGCGGGUGCGAGGAGGCCAAGGUGUGCGCGGGCGAGGGCGGCCUCAUCCUGUGGGACUCGCGGCUCAUCCACUGGAACGCGAGCCCUGUUGGCAGCCAGGUGCGCUUCGCGACCUAUGUGUGCUACUGCCCGCGGUCGCUCAUGGACGAGGCUGGGCUGGCGCGCAAGCUGGAGGUUUUCAAGGAGCGGAAAAGUACGACGCAUUGGCCGCAACAAAAUGUGGUCCCUGUCGAUCGCAAGAACAGUAACGCGGUCCCUCGCCGGCCGGACGGCUCGCCGGACCAGGCUAAUCGGACGCGUCCGUUCGUGGAGCCGGAGGAGACACCGGCAAUUCUAAGGCUCGUGGGCGUGAGGGCCUGA